AUGGCUGCUACUAGCUAUGCAUACACAAGCCAUAGCUCAUCUCAAAGAUCAACAGCCAUGGUGCUGGCUCUAGUAUCUGCAAUUGUACUUUCACCAUUAUAUGUGACAACCAGAAAAACUGAUGCAAGAUAUUAUGAGACAAAAUGGAGCUCUGGGUUUGUCCUUCCCAUGGUUCUUGCUGGACUUAUCAUUGCCAUUAAAACCACUUCUUCAUCAUCAAGUUCAUCAUCUUCAUCAUCUCAAGGAGAUUCUUUUGUUCCUUCUCCUGAACCUUCAUGGGUGCUAAGAAUUGGGAGCUCAAGCUGGGGGCUUGCUGGGGUUUUAGUACUGCUGAUGCUUGUGCUUUCAUGGCAAGGUUCUGUUCAUGAAUUCUUGUGGAGAUAG